AGCCAAUUUUUUUCUCUUUUCAAUGGCACCGACAACAAUGCUGGUGCGACAAGGGUUUGUCCGAGCGGCAGCGGCAGCGGCAGCUUCUUCGAGAGGUCAGCCCGGAUCGAGUGCAGCGGCAGGAAUUAUCAGUCGGGCAAAGGCCACGUCUGCCACGUCUGCGGGAGGACGAGGGUCUGGCGUGACCGGAAAGCCGGUCGUGUCGAGCGGACCCAGCUCGUCGGCGACGGCGACGGCGGCGGUGCCCUCUUCUACGCGGAAUCGGAAAUUGACGCCGACAGCCAAGGCUAAAGCGCAAGCAUCUGCGAGUCGCGCGCUCCGUGAGCAGCUCUCGGCCGUGCGGGGAGCGAGUGCAGCACCGUCGGCGCUGCGAGCGGGGCAGUUUGAAGAGGUGCUUGCGCAGGGUUCGUCGGCCGAGGCCAAGGAAGGCAGCGAGCAGGAGCAGCAGCUGCGCAUGCUCGCCAGUGCCCUCGAGCUCUCGCACACACUCAUUGCCCCCUCGACGGCGACACCGAAGCAGCCCCAAUCGGGCUUCUACCACCACCGGCUGCGCGACGUGGUCGCCUACGCCACGGCCGAGGGCUACGACUUUGAGGCGCUCAUCGAGUCGGGCAGAUUACCAGACGGGUGGCAGCUCCUCGAGGACGACGAGGUUCUCUACAUUCCGAGCUGGCCCCGGCCGGCCUCUUCGUCGUCGUCGUCGUCUUCGGCUGGUGCUGCGUCGCAGUCGGGCGGUGGCGGCGACGCAUUCAUCUUUCGCUCCGGCUCGUACGUUACCUGGGGCAUGACUGAGGACCAGUCGCGGCGGUUCCUCCGCGCCGUCAUUCGCAGUCGGACCACGUCUGCGUCUGGCGCUACGAAAAAGGCAAUAUCGCUCGCAGCAGAGCGAUCGUCGGGCCGGAGGACAGGCGAGGUCGAAAUUGGACCUUACGACGAGAUUGGCGACGAAGCGAUGGAGUAUCUCGUCGCCGAUGAUCAGGUCACGCGCGUAGUGGGUGACGUUAUCGUCAUGGGCCAGGCACCGACGCUGGACCCCAAGGAGGACCUUUCCAGCGGCAACGAGGAGGCCGCCCAACCGUCGUCGUCGUCGUCGUCGACCAUGGCAGACGCAAGCAAGACGAUAGAAGAGACGAGUGGCCAGGACGAGGAGCCUCCGAGCUGGACACCGCUGCUUGCGCGCCUGGCCUUUUCCCAAGGCCUGGCACGCUCGGCGCGGCUCUCUGUGCAGGAGUCGGCCCUCACAGCGUACCUCGAGGAGGUCGCCUCUGUGCCCGGCCGACUGGAAGCCGCCGGCAAGGUGCCGAUGCACCGGAGAGAGGUGAUCCGGAAGAUGGGCACCCUGCUCCGCCUCCGUCAGCGGGCCAAUCUCGACACGGAAAACUUUCUCGACGAUCCAGAGAUCUACUGGGAGAACAGCAAGGUGGAACACCACUACGACUCCAUCUGCGCCACGCUCGACAUUGAAUCGCGCUUCAAGGCCUACAACGAGAAGCUCGACCACGGCGAGAACCUCCUGGGCGUGCUGCGCGCCCUCUUGACAGAGUCUAGCACCCACCGGAUGGAACUGAUCAUUAUCUACCUCAUCGCUUUCGAGGUCUGCCUCGCACUCAUCUCCCACGAGUACAUCCCUUCGCCUGGGUCGGUCUGGACGGCGCUCAAGGACCUGCUUGGGAUCCAGGAACCCCUCCUACAGGCCAGCCCGCCUCAAGUAGCUGUGGCAGAGCAGCAGCAACCUCCUCUCCUGGCAGAGAUGCCAAGACCGGUUCUCGAGCCGCAAGGGCGUCUUGUCUGAAUGAGCUUCUUCUGUUUUGUAGACCACUGUGAAUCUUCACCCCUCUUCUACCGUGCACGAGCCUCUUGUGAGCUAGCGAAAGAGAGAGCGUGUGCUAGUCAGCCAACGGAGAAAGAGACCCAAAAGCAUAGUCGCGGAUCC